GUGAGGGAGGAGGAGGAGCGCUCUUCAUUUUGUUGUUGUUUUUGUCAACAGAACAGAGAACAGUAUUGUGGAGGAUUGUUUGUGAUUGUAACACUUCACCAAUUUGAAAUGAAAGUUCUUUGCAGAAUACUUGUUGUAAUUUUCCCAGCCAUUUAUGUUAUUGCAACUCUGUACAUUGCGUACCGUCUCUUUCUCGUUAGCAAUACUAAACACACUGUAAGACAUGGCUAUAGUGAAAAGGACUUAACAACUGUCUCAACCCCUAAAUUCCACCCACCUCUUAAUGUGGAGAUAUGGGGAAAGGCAGCAAUAUCCAUCUUUCUCUGGGAACAUAUUUUGAGAGGAGAGCUUGUUGAGGAACAGGGAGGCUUUGUCAAAAUUGGCCACCUAACCACGGAUGAUAUAAGUUUUACUUUCCGGUGGGGUCCUGGUGUUAUCCAAAGCACUGUUCCAGCCAAUAUAGAAAACUUGGUUUUGGUGCUGAAUGGAAGGGCUCCUGAUAAAAUUUACACUGCUAAACAAUGGAUUAAGUACCUUAAAAAGUAUCCCAAAUUAAAACACACCAUAGUUGUUCUUCUUGGCGAUGAACAGUGUAACAACUCCUGGAUUGUGCCAUACCUUCAAUCUAAUGGAGGUCCGUUAGAUGCAGUUUUUCUCGUGUAUGAUAGUACUCUGGUGGAUGAUAGAGAAGUGUUCCAGUGGCCUCUAGGUGUUGCAACUUACAGAGGGUUUCCUGACUACAGCAAGGGUCAGAGUAUGGACCUAACAUCACCAAGAUCUCAUUUAUGUAAUUUUCUUGGCACUGUGUAUCACAACAGCUCACGACAAGCACUAGUCCAAAUUUUAGAGUCUCCAAAGCUUCAAGAUGAGUGUAUCCUUCGUGGGCGUGAGAAGUGGACUCCUCUUGAGACUGAAGAGUCUCUAAAUUUUUAUAUUGAUGCCAUUUCCAAAUCUGAUUUAACUUUAAAUCCUGUGGGUUUGAACACAGAAUGUUACAGAAUUUAUGAAGCACUUGCCUUAGGAAGUAUUCCUGUUGUGGAGGAUGUUGUCACUCAUGGCUUGUGCGAUCGCACGUCACGUCACUCCCCAUUGAGACUUCUCAAAAAGCAUAAUGCUCCACUUAUCCUAGUUAAAAAUUGGCAAGAACUUCAUGAUGUGUUAUUAGAGGAAUCUCAGAGGACUUUAGUUCAAAAAGUGGAGAGACGGUUAUCAGCAGUGCGAUGGUACUCUGAAUUUAAGAAGAAAAUGAAACAAGAAUUUAUAGAAGUACUCUUAAGAAAAUUUGUAGGCUCAUUGUAAGAUUUAGAUCAUAUUAAUUUAUACUGCCUUAUGAAGUCUAAGUUUGUCUGUGAUAUUAUAUGGCUGUUACUUUUCACUCUUGAUAAUUACUUGACACCUGUAUACUGUCUCUUCCAUAACAUUUUGCCAAAAUUGAACCCUUUCAUUCCCUAGGGAAUGCUAAACUUUGUGAGGAAAAAAAAUGACCAUAUCUUUUUGCAAAUGGUAUACAAGAUGGUGUAUAGGUCAGUUGAUAAAAAGUUCUUGAGUGCUUAGAGAUUUUACAGUGUCCAAAGAUUUGUAGUAUACAAGUGUAAUGAAUUUGCAUAUUUUCUGUGAAUCAUAGAACCCAAAUGCACCAAAAAGUCGUUAAUGUUAUUUUAGAAAAUGUUGAUAAAUUUUCAAUCAUCUAAUAAACCUUCAAAAGAAAUA